ACCAUUUUGAUGGACCAGUCUCGUUUCCAAGAGCUGCAGCUGCAGCUGGAGCAGCUGGCCGUCCUGGGAGCUGUGCUGCUGGUCACCUUUGGUAGUGCCGCACCUGGACUCUCUGGCCAGGCCGACUUUGCCGAGAAACUCAAGAUGACGGUGAAGAUUCUGCUAACGGACAUGCAUCUGCCUUCCUUCCAUCUGGAGGAUGCCCUGACUUCCAUUGGGGAGAAAGUGUGCCAGGAGGUGAGCAGCUGCCUCUCCCUGUGUGGAUCUUCCCCAUUCUCCAUCAAUAAGGAGACUGUGCUCAAGGGCCAGAUUCAGGCCCUGGCCAGUCCUGACGACCCCAUUCGCAGGAUCAUGGAGUCCCGGAUCUUGACCUUCUUGGAGACAUACCUUGCCUCUGGUCAUCAGAAGCUCUUGCCUACAGUGCCUGGGGGAUUGGGUCCCAUUCAGAAAGAGCUGGAAGAAGUUGCCGUGAGAUUUGUGCGCCUGGUCAACUAUAACAAGAUGGUGUUCUGUCCUUACUACGAUGCGAUCCUCAGUAAGCUCCUCCGCUCUUGAGGCGCAGCUGCCGCACAUGCACCUCAUCUCAGACCCCCCUGCAAUGCCCUUGCUGGCAUGUGGUACAUUCCUGUUUAAUAGCGCUGGUUCCAAAGGGAAGACCGUCGUGUCGCUGGUGAAAAGGCUUAAGAAUACACCGACUUCUGUUUUGAGGACAGUCUUUAUGAGUGCAAGUUUACAAACCCAAGAAGCUUUUGUUCUCUUGAGUUUAUAGUAGCACUUAGCUUUUAUCAGUGGGCUGCCUGUCUGCUCUUGCUGCAUCAGGUUGGAGGCGCCACUUCUCCCAAGGAGUCUGGGACCAGUGUCUCCUGUGGGUCAUUCAUUCUCAGAUGUUCCAUGCUGACAGUUGUAAGCUAUGACUUGACCUUCUGUCCCAUUUCCAGCAUUGCUCCCCUACUCUUCCUGUGGGUGCUCCAUGAUCAGGCUGUCUCCAGCCUUACAGUGUCCUAUCCCACUCUUGCCAACCUCUGCCCAUUUAUUGUUUCUUGGCUCUGGCCUAACCAGUGUUCCAGAGCCCUUCUGUUCGACACCAGAGUUACUUGAUAAUUUAUUUUGUCUUAUUUUAUUAUUACAAUUAUUGAAAGAGCAUCUCUCUAUACAUACCCUGGCUGGCCUGGCACUUGCUUGUGUAGAGCAGGCUGGCCCCAGACUUGCAUCAGUCCUCCUGCUUCUGUCUCAACAAAUGCUGAAGUUCCAGGCCUCUGCCACCACACCCAGUGGCUAUGACAUGGUUUUUAAAGGCUUGUUUGGUUGGCUUGGGAUGUAGUACAGUGGUCAGUGAUUGCCUGGCCUACACAGGCCCUGGGAUCUAAACAGUGGAAGAUGUUAUGUGCACGAGCACGUGACACCCCUCUACCACACGCAGCGCUGAGAAGCCAUAGCCCCCGUGGCAUCGGUUACUUGAAAGGUAACAGGCUCCAACUUAAAAUAACAAGAACAGAGCCAGGCAUGGUGGCAUACCCCUUUAAUCCCAGCACUCGGGAGGCAGAGGCAGGUAGAUCUCUGCAUUCAAAGCCAGCCUGGUCUACAGAGGGAGUCCAGGACAGCCAGAGAGAGAUACAUAGAGAAACUCUGUCUCAAAAAACAAAACAAAGAACAGAAAUACUGUUCUUUCUAUAGAAGUGCUCCUGAGCCAUGGUGGCAGCAGUUGAAGCUUACAGAGCCAGGUAUAGUGACAUAUACCUGUAAUUUUAGCUCUCUGGAGGCCAAGGCAACAGAAUUGCAAGGUGAAGGCUAACCUGGACUAUUUAACGGGAGCCUCAUUCAAAACCACAACAGUGACCUAAAGAAAUGAAAUUAUUUUACUUUAAUCCUUAAAAGACAGGUGUAUAUAGUUUAGUAUAAGAGGAAAGAGAAUUCACUGUGAUGAGAACACAGAUGUGCUGAUGGAAUUCUAAUUGAGAAAUUAGAUUUAAAGUGUUGGAGGUAACAGCCCAACCUCACUGUCUAGAUAAGGAAGAAAGAAGAGUCCUCAGUAUUUGAGCAGAAUUCCUGACACAUCCUGUGACAUGAGAGUACUUUGAUGUGGUACAGAUGAUCUGGUAAAUUUUAUAUUCUAAUGUCUGUGUUUUAGACAGGGCAUUAUGGUAGAAGCAGAGCCAUGAGGGUGGAGUGAUCUCCAGCCGGAUCCCUGAGCACCAGGGACUGAAAACUGUCCAGUAAUGCCAGGCUUCAGGAGAGGGCGUGGUGAGCCCAGCCUGGGGAAUAGACCUGAAAUCCUAAUGCUUCAGAGGCUGAGGCAGAAGGCCAGCCUGGGCUGCAUAGCAAGACCCCCACCUGAAAAAUAAAUAAAUAAAUAAACAAACAAACAAAUAAAUAAAUAAAAGGAACGAUG